AUGGUUACAUUGUCAAGUUCCAGGACAUUCUGUCCGAGAAUAUUUUUUCAAAACAUCGACGAGAAGACCAUGCCCUAUAAAAUGAUCGAGGGGGUGUACGUCAAACAAAAUUACGACCACAACAACUUUCCCGUUUAUAGACGAGAGCGGGACAACCUGAUUUUUUAUUACAGCAACAAAAAGUACGGAUAUUACGGCUUGAACAGGUACGUAUUUGGAGUCUCUUUAAAUCACUCGUUUGGCGUUGCUGCUGAGGUUUUUGGCUUUAGUAACCCGACAGCUUGGCCUGCCUCAGGAAGUUUGAACAGAAACGAUGUGUUUGAGGGAUUAGUUCGAGAUUGGCUUUACUACGACAGACGGGACUUCAGAUGGCGCCGAGUCCAAUCAAGCAGCUCUUCGCCCAUGAUCAAGGCAGUGUGUGUCGAUGAAGAUUUCAGAGAAUGCAACUCUGACAGAGUUUACUUAAACGAAAGCUUUAACGAUGACAGGGGAAACACUUUGAACGAUCCCGCUCAGCAUUAUUUUUUUCGGAAACCUGGUUUGUUCCGCAAUCUUCGCCCUGUCUACGAGCACAGUAAACAGUCUUGGUAUCUGCAGUAUGUUGACGGCUACUGGGUGGUGACAGCAGCAUAUCUGCCGAGAAAUUCACAACACAAAGCGUACAUGAGAGUAAAGGAUCCAGCUCUUCGACCUGAAUUCAUCAGUAAGACUUGGUCGAUUCAUUAUAGUGGGUGGCGUGAUAUGGCCAAACUUAGGGUGCUAUGUAGGGGCGUGACAGCGAUGUCGAACUCUUGCCCAUCAAAGCCGUGUCAUGGCAAUGCCACUUGCGUUUACACCUCUAGAAACGAUACGCUUUGUCUUUGCCCCCCUGGUUACACAGGGGUUAAAUGUUCCGUUAACAAACAGUGCCCUACCCCCACCCCA